AUGGACUCAUCAUUAGCCAGAUCUGUGACGGCUACAGACGUCGAGACUGCUCCUGCUCGGCAGCAUGCGUAUCCAGCUCAAGAUCCUGAGAAGCAGGUAGUCAGAACUGCAACUCGUGGCUCAAACGCCAGCGUCGUGACAAGACGUGUGCUUUCUCGCUUCCGCACCGCCGACUCCAUCCCUCUGACACCCCCGCCAGAUGGAGGUGUCCAAGCGUGGUUGAUGGCCUUCAUGGCAUGUCUCGUGAACUUCAACACUUGGGGCUAUGCUAACACCUUUGGCGUCUUUCAAACCUACUAUGUCAACGUCAUGGAUAUCGGAGAGCCAUCGGCAGUAUCUUGGAUAGGGUCGUUGCACGUCUUCCUGGUGUUCGCCAUCGGCACCUUCUCUGGGAGGGCAACAGAUGCGGGCUACUUUCAUCUGACUUUCUGGACCGGGUCCGCCAUCUACUGCAUUGGCCUGCUUGCACUGAGCUUCUGCAACACGUACUGGCAGGUUCUGGUGUGCCACUCACUGGUCAUCGGUCUUGGAGCAGGCCUCGCUUUCGUCCCGAGCUUGGCGAUUGCGGCCUCGUACUUCUCACAUGCGAAGCGCUCGAUGGCCCUAGCUCUGGUCGUAUGCGGCAGCAGUGCUGGCGGUCUGGUGUUCCCCGCUGUGGCCGAGCAGAUGCUACCGAAGAACGGCUUUGGCUGGACAAUACGCACCAUCUUCUUCAUUCAAACUGCCUUGGCUAUCAUCGCGGGCCUGCUGUUCAAGCCACGCAUACCACCAAGGCAAUCGGGUCCGCUGGUCGAAUGGGUCGCCUUGAAAGAGGCGCCGUACACACUCUAUCUCGCCGGCAGUUUCUUCGCGUUUGUCGGGCUCUAUAUUGGCUUCUACUACAUCGGAAGCUUUGCCAGGGACGUCCUUGGGGCCGAUCAGUCCACCAGUAUUCAACUGCUCCUGACCAUGAAUGGAGUCGGUCUCGUUGCUCGUGUGCUACCAAACUUCAUCGCUGAGAAGUUCAGUGGGCCGCUCAAUCUGAUCAUACCCUACACGAUUGCCACAGGAAUCGUCAUGUUUUCGUGGAUAGCCGUACACGAGAUUUCCAGCUUGUGGGCGUGGGCUGUGGUCCAAGGAGUGGCCAACGCCGGCAUCCAGGCGCUGUUCCCGGUCGUGUUGACUAGCCUUACGGACGAUCCGAAGAAGAUGGGGGUGAGAAGUGGUAUGGGCUUUACGGUCGUCGGCUUUGCGGUCCUCAUCGGCCCCCCUAUCGCAGGAGCACUCGUGGAAAGGAUGGAUGGUAGCUAUCUCGGGCUACAAAUAUUUGGCGGUUUGACCAUGGCCCUGGCAGUCUGCUGUCAAAUCGCUGCUAGAUGGGCAACGGUUGGGACAGAUCUGAAAGCAAAAUUGUAG